CCGUGUCGGGGCGGGGCCGCAUCGGGGGUGGGGCGGAGGAGCUGCCGGCGGGGACAGUUCUCUCAGCGCCCGCCGGGGCCUGCACCGGACGCCGCCAGGUCCGCGGCUUUGAGCGGCGGCGGCGUGACAGGAAGUCUCAGUGGGAUGCGGCUGAUGCGGAGGCGGGUGUGCUCGUUUUUCAUUGCCGUGUACUGCCUCUUCUCCCUCUACGCUGCCUAUCACGUCUUUUUCGGGCGCCGCCGCCAGGCGCCGGCCGCGUCCCCCCGGGGCCUCAGGAAGGGGGCGGCCCCCGCGCGGGAGAGGCGCGGCCGAGAACAGUCUACAUUGGAAAGUGAAGAAUGGAAUCCUUGGGAAGGAGAUGAAAAAAACGAGCAACAACAGAGAUUUAAAACUGGUCUUCAAAUAUUAAAUAAAUCCACAAAAGGAAAAACAGACCUCACUGUACAAAUCUGGGGCAAAGCUGCCAUUGGCUUGUAUCUCUGGGAGCAUAUUUUUGAAGGCUUACUUGAUCCCACUGAUGUGACUGCUCAGUGGAGAGAAGGAAAGUCAAUUGUAGGAAGAACACAUUACAGCUUCAUCACUGGUCCAGCUGUAAUACCAGGGUACUUUUCUGUUGACGUGAAUAAUGUGGUACUCAUUUUAAAUGGAAGAGAUAAAGCAAAGAUCCUUUAUGCCACCCAGUGGUUACUUUAUGCACAAAAUUUAGUGCAAAUUCAAAAACUCCAGCAUCUUGCAGUUGUUUUGCUCGGAAAUGAGCAUUGCAAUAAUGAAUGGAUAAACCCAUUCCUCAAGAGAAAUGGAGGCUCUGUGGAGCUGCUUUUCAUAACAUAUGACAGCCCCUGGAUUAAUGACGUGGAUAUUUUCCAAUGGCCCUUAGGAGUAGCAACAUAUAGGAACUUUCCUAUGGUGGAGGCAACUUGGUCAAUGCUACAUGAUGAGAGGCCAUAUUUAUGUAAUUUCUUAGGAACGAUUUAUGAAAAUUCAUCCAGACAGGCACUAAUGAACAUUUUGAAACAAGAUGGGAACGAUAAGCUUUGUUGGGUUUCAGCAAGAGAACAGUGGCAGCCCCAGGAAACAAAUGAGAGUCUUAAGAAUUACCAAGAUGCUUUGCUUCAGAGUGAUCUCACAUUGUGUCCAGUGGGAGUAAACACAGAAUGUUACAGAAUCUAUGAGGCCUGCUCCUAUGGCUCCAUUCCUGUGGUAGAAGACGUAAUGACAGCUGGCAGCUGUGGAAAUACGUCUGCUUACCACAGUGCUCCUCUGCAGUUGCUCAAGUCCAUGGGCGCUCCCUUUAUCUUUAUUAAGAACUGGAAGGAACUUCCUGCUGUUUUAGAAAAAGAGAAAGCUAUAAUUUUACAAGAAAAGAUUGAAAGAAGAAAAAUGUUACUUCAGUGGUAUCAGCACUUCAAGACAGAGCUAAAAAUGAAAUUUACUAAUAUUGUAGAAAGUUCAUUUUUAAUGAGUAAUAAAAGUUAAUUGUUAAUUAUCUUUUUGA